GGCCCUGAGGGGACUGCGGCGUCUGCGCGGAGGAGAGAGGUUGUCACCCGGGCCGCGGCUGCGCGACGCCGCCGGGGGCUGCGGUGGGCGCCGUCAGGCCGAGCUGUUCCCAGCGGGGAGGCGCCGCCGCCAUUGCCGCCGGGCUCGGGGAGCGCUUCGGCUGGCCGCGCAGGGCCCGAGCGGGCCGCCGGCGCCAUGGGCCAGUGCGGCAUCACCUCCUCCAAGACCGUGCUGGUGUUCCUCAACCUCAUCUUCUGGGGGGCAGCUGGCAUUUUAUGCUAUGUUGGAGCCUAUGUCUUCAUCACGUAUGAUGACUACGAUCACUUCUUUGAAGAUGUGUACACUCUCAUCCCUGCAGUAGUGAUCAUAGCUGUUGGAGCCCUGCUUUUCAUUAUUGGGCUCAUUGGUUGCUGUGCCACAAUCCGGGAAAGCCGCUGUGGACUUGCCACGUUUGUCAUCAUCCUUCUCUUGGUUUUUGUCACAGAAGUUGUUGUAGUGGUUUUGGGGUACGUUUACAGAGCAAAGGUGGAAAAUGAAGUCGAUCGCAGGAUUCAGAAAGUGUAUAAGACCUACAAUGGAACCAACCCUGAUGCUGCUAGCCGGGCUAUUGAUUAUGUACAAAGACAGCUGCAUUGUUGUGGAAUUCACAACUAUUCAGACUGGGAAAAUACAGACUGGUUCAAAGAAACCAAAAAUCAGAGCGUCCCUCUCAGCUGUUGCAGAGAGACUGCCAGCAGCUGCAAUGGCAGCCUGGCACACCCCUCUGAUCUCUACGCAGAGGGAUGUGAAGCACUAGUUGUGAAGAAACUUCAAGAAAUCAUGAUGCAUGUUAUCUGGGCAGCGCUGGCAUUUGCAGCUAUUCAGCUGCUGGGCAUGCUGUGUGCAUGCAUCGUGUUGUGCAGAAGGAGUAGAGAUCCUGCCUAUGAGCUCCUCAUCACCGGCGGAACCUAUGCAUAGUAGAAAAGGCCUUUUAAGUCUCGUUCUGAUUUGGAAGGUGAAUUGAGCAGGUUUACUGCUGUUGGCCUCCUAAGUUCAUUUAGUUAAAGCACACACACACAUACACAUACACACACACACACACACACACACACACACACACACACACACACAGGUGUUGGACAGAGCGGCUUGGCUCUUCAUGUGCCCACCUCCUUCCCACCCACCUAAGACUUAUAAGACUUUCUUUUUCCCUGUUCUAGCAGACUUUCCCUAUCCCUGAGUUUAAGGACAGAGGUAACUGUUCUGAUUCAGAACCAUUGCAGGUUGUGGAGUGUUGUAAUAUUAGAAGAGUUGGGCUUGCUUCUGAUACCUCCAAGCAGUAACGGGACAGCUGCUGACUUGUCACUGGGUCCUUUCAAACUUUCAUGGUGGAGAACUCCUGGCCAAAGGUUUUUUGGGGAGGGGGAGGAAGCCAGCUGUCUGGUUAAAGUUCAUACCAGAUGGUGCCCCUCAUCAGUGUCCUUUCAAAAUAUAUAUAUAUAUAUAUAUAUACAUAUAUAUGUACUAUAGUCCAAUAAGAUAGCAACUGUACAAAUGGCUAAAAUAGCUUCUAGAAUCAUACAGUGUGUGUUUUGGUUCAUCUUCAAAAUCAGACUGAUCUCUGACACUAGUGGUUUUUAAUCAAAGCUGGCUUUAUAGGAGGAGUAUAAUGUAUGCACUACUGUUUUAAAGCAAUUAGUGUGAAUGUGUGCGUGCAUGUUUUUGUAUGAUUGAGCCCAUUCAUCAUAAGUCUAAACUUGUUAGAAAUAAUGUACCCAUGUAGGCUAGCAAAAUACUACAUCUAGUAUAUAGAUGUGAUCAGCUGUAAAUAGAAAAAUCUAAUUCAAUAAACUGUAUCAACCCUCAA